AUGAAUUACGUGCGAUCCAUCACAGGCAGCGUGUCCAAGGGCUGGAACUCGAUCAACCCCGCAACCCUCAGCGGCGCCAUCGACACCAUCGUCGUAGAGCACGAAGAUGGCAGCCUAGCCUGUUCGCCCUUCCACGUCCGCUUCGGCAAGUACCAGAUCCUGCGACCGUCGGACAAGAAGGUCGAGUUCAGAGUCAAUGGCGAGCUGCAGGACUAUUCCAUGAAGCUGGGCGAAGGGGGCGAGGCCUUUUUCGUCUUCGAGACGACGCGCUCCAUCCCCGCUGAGAUGCAGACGUCGCCUAUUGCCUCGCCCGCCGCGAGUCCCGAGCAGAAGCCCGUGGAGAUGCCUUCGGAGCGCGCCUUCGACGAGCCCGAGCCCUUGGACCUAGACAAUGCCGACGUGAGCAGGAGGAGAGGGCGCAUGUCCAUGUCGGUCCCCACGUCCGACAGCAUACACGCCGAGGCAGAAUUUGGGCGGCCAAAGUCGGGAGACUGGUCCGGCUUCCACAUGCAAAGGGCCAGCACGGAUGAGACGGUCCCUUCGGUCAAGGACGGCUUCGCCAAGACGUUCGAGGGGACAGAAGCACAUGGCACAGGGCCCGAGAGAGGGCCGCUACAGAUCAGCAAGGAAGAUGCCACGGCUUGGAACAGGUCAACCCGCUCAGCGAGUCCACCGCCCGUGUCCGCCAGUGAAGCACUCGCCCGCGCCAUCAAGCUCUCCAAGAAGCUCUUCACCUCCAACAUCCCCAACAAGGUCACUGAGACGGGCGACCUCGAACUCGACAUGACGGGGUACAAGAGCAGCGAGGAGGAUGCCUUGCGCGCCGAAGUAAUAGCCCGGCGCAUCCUGUCCGAUGAACUCGCAGGCGACUACGACAUCGGCGCUCUUAUCGGUGCUGACGAGAAUGGCAAUCUCUGGAUCUACAGCAGUGAGGAAGCCAAAGCAGCAGCCAUGGCCAAGACGAGCAUGAACGUCCUCAACGAAGCCGCUCUCCAAUCCGCCGAUGCUUUAUCAGACCCAGGCUACCAAUCCGACAGCGGCCGCAGCGACGACACGGCGCAAUUCCCCACACGACGAGACUCGGACAGCGCCUUGGGAUCCUCUGCCCCACACUCGCCCAACUCUUCUACCCAGAAAUCAAAAGCCAGACCCGAGUUCAAAACCUACGCCAAGACUCUGCGUCUCACAUCCGAGCAAUUACGUGCCCUGGACCUCAAGCCCGGUGCCAAUACCAUGAGCUUUACAGUAAAUAGGAGCAAGUGUGAGGCAUACAUGUUCUACUGGAAACACGACGUACCAAUCGUAAUCUCAGACAUUGACGGUACAAUAACAAAAUCAGAUGCCCUAGGCCACGUCUUGAACAUGAUAGGGAGGGAUUGGACACACCAAGGUGUCGCAAAACUCUACACCGAUAUCGUAAACAACGGGUACAACAUCUUCUACCUCACGUCCCGGUCUGUCGGCCAAGCAGACACCACGCGCGCGUAUCUGAACGGCGUGGUACAAGACAACUACCGACUUCCCAAGGGCCCCGUCAUUAUGAGUCCCGAUCGCACCAUCGCAGCUCUACGACGCGAGAUCUAUCUGCGCAAGCCCGAAGUUUUCAAAAUGGCUUGUCUCCGAGACAUUAUGCAAUUGUUUGACAAGCCUGCGCACCAAACGCCUUUUUACGCGGGCUUUGGAAAUCGCUUUACGGAUGCGUUGAGCUAUCGAUCCGUCAACAUCCCUUCUACGCGCAUCUUUACCAUUAAUUCGAAUGCAGAAGUCAGUCUCGACGUGCUCUCGCUCAACAGCUACAAGACGGGGUACGCCAGUAUGCGCGAGAUUGUAGACCACUUUUUCCCGCCCGUCGGGCUCUUGGUGCCCGCGGGCGGCGAGGCGUAUACGGAUUUCAACUACUGGCGCGAGAAACCUUUGGAUAUCGCCGACUUUACCGAUAGCGAAAGUGAAGGCGGAGAGGACGAUGACGAGACGGAGGCGGCUAGUAUACGCAGCGAGGACGAAAUGGGCUCGGAAAUCGGAGAGGAUCUCGAGGCGAGUUAUAUGAGUAGGGAGUCGCUUGACGAAAUGGGGGAAGGGGAUGAUUAUGGCGGAAUGGAAGACUCGAUUGUUGAAAGUAUUGAAGGCGGCGACUACGUUGAUAGGCAGUAUGAAGAUGAGGAGGUGGAAGAUGAGUACGAUGAGGAUGAGGAUGAGAGGACGCAGAUUGAGGGUAUUACGCCAUCGAUUGAGAUGGGCUUGGAUACGACGGUGGAACGCAUGAGGGAGUUGAAAGUCAAAGAAAGAUCACCUACUCCACGGGCUAGGUAG